AUGGUCAUUUAUAGAAAGCAAUGGCGCCUACUUUCUUGCACUGGCAGCAAUUUUUACAAUGGCAUUUUCAGUAGAGUUCUUUAAUUACUUGAGAUUUAAUAUUCAAGCUAAGCUAUUUGUGCAUCUAAAUCCGUAAGCGAAACUCAAUAAAAUAAUGUUGAUAACUUUAGGCUAAUUGAGUAUGAAGAAGACAAUCUAAGCAUACCACCUAAGAUAAAGCUGGUACUUGGUUUUAUCUAUUUGGUAAGUUGUGUAAUAAGCUAUCUACUCUUACUACUGGCAUUCUAACUUGACUUUGGCAUCUUUCUUGCUAUAUUAUGUGGCUAUACAAUUGGAUAUACAAUCUUUGGAUUUAAACGUAGGAGAUCAUACAUAUAUCUGUACAAUCCAAAAAGUGAUAAAUGCUAGUUUGAAAUCGAAAUAUGA